AAACCUCGGGGGGAGAGGGUGGGCGCGGCGCAGGUCUCGGCUGUGCUUGCAGAUUAUUCUUGGCUAGCUCCGUCCUGACUCAGUUAUGAACGAUGUUGCAAUUCGGGGAGGAGUUCAGUUGUUUGGUUUCCGCGCUCGGGCGCGCCCUUCCUGUCAGCGCACAUUCUCAGAGAGGAAGUUGAUUUCUAGCUGCGCAGUGCGGUCGAGUGGACAAAACAACGAGGAAGUUGGUCGUUGGUACUGUAACAAACACACACAACGCAGACUUCAGUCAGGAAGGAGGUGUAGCGGAGCAGAGUGAGUGUUAUAGGAGUUGAACCCAGGUCCGGUUAUAACGACUGAGCUCGUCUCCUGGAUCCUGCGCUGGGCUGGAAAUGAAGAUGAGAUUCCUGGGGAGGACCUGUCUCAUUGUCUUGAGUUUGCUACCAGCUGCUUCUACACAAGAUGCAUGGCGUGUCGUUGGCUCUGAUCAGCCUGUCAUUGCUGAUCCUGGUGAUGAUGUCAUCCUGCCCUGUCACAUUUCACCCAGACUCAGUGCUGUGGACAUGAAAGUGAGGUGGUACAGGGAGAGAUUCGACACGCCUGUUCAUUUAUAUCUAAACAAAAAGGACCAGCUAGGAAGACAGGACAGUGCUUACCGGGGCCGCACUGCUCUCUCUCCCUCUGCACUGGAGAGAGGUGAUAUCUCUCUGCAUCUGAGAAACCUCCAGCCCGCUGACACAGGCAUCUAUAAAUGCUACGCUGAAGGUGGAAGCUGGAAUGAAGAAGGACAGACUGAAGUGAUAGUUACAGCUCUGGGGACCCAGCCCUCAAUCUCUAUGGACUCUACACAAGGAGAGCAGACCCGGCUGGUGUGCAGAUCAGAUGGGUGGUACCCUGAACCUGAAGUGAUCUGGAGAGACAGGGAUGGAAACAAUGUGACAUCACUGUCCAGCCCAACAGUGCAGAGGGACAGUCAUGGGCUCCUCAGUGUCAGCAGCUACGUCAAAAUCAAACAGCAGUCCAACGUGUUCUCCUGUCUGGUUAGAAGUAAAAUACCCAAACCAGACUGGGAAUCCAAACUCCACAUAUCCAGUGAUUUUUUCCCAGGAGUCUCUGGAUGGAUGGUGGCUUUCUUCUUGACUUUAGCUCUCAGUAUUGCAGCCAUUCCUCCGCUGGUGAUCCAAUGGAGAAGAAUGGAUGCCAUGGAGAGAAAGCUUGAGCCUAUGGCUGUUCAACACCUUCGUGAGGAACUUGAGUCUGUGAAGCGAGAGGUCCUUAAAUCAGAAUGGAAGUGGAUCCUCAGCUCAGCAGUUGAUGUGACUCUGGACCCUGAUACAGCACAGCCCGAGCUCAUCCUGUCUGCGGAGGGGAAACGAGUGAGAGAGGGAGAGACACGGGAGGAUCUCCCUGACACUCCAGAGAGAUUUGAUUACUGGCUCUGUGUGCUGGGCAGGGAGAGCUUCACCUCGGGGAGACGCUACUGGCAGGUGCAGGUGGGGGGGAAUAGAGACUGGAGAUUAGGAGUCAGCAGAGAGUCUGCCCCGAGGAAGGGGGAGUUCAGCAUGACCCCCCAGCAGGGUUACUGGACUGUGAGGUGGUGGCGUGGAGGUGGGUUCACUGCUCUCACUGACCCCCAGACCCCCCUCCCCCAGAGCCUGAAGCCCCAGAAGCUGGGGGUGUAUCUGGAUUAUGAGGAAGGGCAGCUCUCCUUUUACAAUGUGGAGACCAGAUCUCACAUCUACACUUUCACUGACAUGGAGAUCAAUCCCAAUGAGAAACUCUAUCCACUCUUCUGGACUGAGGACAGGAAUACAGACCUUGUGCUCAAGUCCUGUGAGAAGAUUCUAGACUGGGAAUGGAUUCUUGCUGCAUCAGUUGAUGUGACUCUGGACCCUGAUACAGCGUACCCCACGCUCAUCCUGUCUGCGGAGGGGAAACGAGUGAGACUGGGAGAGACAUGGCAGGAUCUCCCUCGCAAUCCAGAGAGAUUUGAUUACUGGGAGUGUGUGCUGGGCAGGGAGAGCUUCACCUCGGGGAGACGCUACUGGCAGGUGCAGGUGGGGUGGAAUACAUACUGGAGAUUAGGAGUCAGCAGAGAGUCUGCCGAGAGGAGGGGGGGGAUCAGCAUGACCCCCCAGCAGGGUUACUGGACUGUGAAGUGGUAUGGAGGUGCGUUCACUGCUCUCACUGACCCCGAGACCCCCCUCCCCCGGAGCCUGAAGCCCCAGAAGCUGGGGGUGUAUCUGGAUUAUGAGGAAGGGCAGCUCUCCUUUUACAAUGUGGAGACCAGAUCUCACAUCUACACUUUCACUGACAUGGAGUUCAAUCCCAAUGAGAAACUCUAUCCAUUCUUCUGUACUGAGGACAGGAAUACAGACCUUGUGCUGGAGUCCCCUGACCCUGACCCUGUCAGCGCUGCAGAUUAAACACACAUUGCUGUCUGAACCAGGAAAGUAUUCAAACAGCUCAGACAAUCUCCUCUUCACUUUCACUGACACUCUCUCUGCACUCUUCUGGGCUGAUGAGAAGAAAUCCUCACUCUUCCACCCUCUUACCCUGAGCCCCUCCUCUUUAUUUCUCUACACCCCCUUUCCUACUCUCCCUUCCUGUCUCCCUCUCUCUUUCCCAUCCACCUCUCCAUCCCCAGAUCCCUCUUUCUCUCCUCUUCUGCUCUCCUCUCUUUCUCUUCCCUCUUAUAUAAUAAUCCCCUCCCUCUCUUUUUCUCUCUUCCCUCUUAUAUAAUAAUCCCCUCCCUCUCUUUUUCUCUCUCUUCCCUCUUAUAUAAUAAUCCCCUCCCUCUCUUUUUCUCUCUCUUCCCUCUUAUAUAAUAAUCCCCUCCCUCUCUUUUUCUCUCUCUUCCCUCUUAUAUAAUAAUCCCCUCCCUCUCUUUGUGAUCACAGUAGCCUUUGUGCGGCCAAUUUUGCGCUAAUUUUGAGUCCUAAAAAAUGUCUUUCAGCACAUCAGUCAAAUGAUCAGCGGCUCGCAAGGCUAUGUUAUGCUCAGACAAAAAUCCAGAAAGCUUCAGCUCUGCAGUUUUAACAGCAGUUUCUAAAUUUACGUUUUCAGUACUCACAUGCAUGCACUGUGUGAUUGACAUCUGAUUCGGAGCCAAACAUUCUACUCUCCCUCUCUCCACCCUGCCUUCUCUACUCUCCCUCUCUCCUCCAUCCUCUCUACUCUCCCUCUCUCCACCCUGCCUUCUCUACUCUCCCUCUCCUCCCUGCCCUCUCUACUCUCCCUCUCUCCUCCAUCCUCUCUACUCUCCCUCUCUCCUCCCUGCCUUCUCUACUCUCCCUCUCCCCUCCAUCCUCUCUACUCUCCCUCUCUCCUCCAUCCUCUCUACUCUCCCUCUCUCCUCCCUGCCUUCUCUACUCUCCCUCUCUCCUCCAUCCUCUCUACUCUCCCUCUCUCCUCCAUCCUCUCUACUCUCCCUCUCUCCUCCAUCCUCUCUGCCUCUCUCCACCCUGCCUUCUCUGCUCUCCCUCUCUCCUCCAUCCUCUCUACUCUCCCUCUCUCCUCCCUGCCUUCUCUACUCUCCCUCUCUCCUCCAUCCUCUCUACUCUCCCUCUCUCCUCCAUCCUCUCUACUCUCCCUCUCUCCUCCCUCUCUUCUCUACUCUCCCUCUCUCCUCCAUCCUCUCUACUCUCCCUCUCUCCUCCAUCCUCUCUGCCUCUCUCCACCCUGCCUUCUCUGCUCUCCCUCUCUCCUCCAUCCUCUCUACUCUCCCUCUCUCCUCCCUGCCUUCUCUACUCUCCCUCUCUCCUCCAUCCUCUCUACUCUCCCUCUCUCCUCCAUCCUCUCUACUCUCCCUCUCUCCUCCAUCCUCUCUACUCUCCCUCUCUCCUCCCUGCCUUCUCUUCUCUCCCUCUCUCCUCCAUCCUCUCUACUCUCCCUCUCUCCUCCCUGCCUUCUCUACUCUCCCUCUCUCCUCCAUCCUCUCUACUCUCCCUCUCUCCUCCAUCCUCUCUACUCUCCCUCUCUCCUCCCUGCCCUCUCUACUCUCCCUCUCUCCUCCAUCCUCUCUACUCUCCCUCUCUCCUCCAUCCUCUCUACUCUCCCUCUCCCCUCCAUCCUCUCUACUCUCCCUCUCUCCUCCCUGCCUUCUCUACUCUCCCUCUCUCCUCCAUCCUCUCUACUCUCCCUCUCUCCUCCAUCCUCUCUACUCUCCCUCUCUCCUCCAUCCUCUCUACUCUCCCUCUCUCCUCCCUGCCCUCUCUACUCUCCCUCUCUCCUCCAUCCUCUCUACUCUCCCUCUCCCCUCCAUCCUCUCUACUCUCCCUCUCUCCUCCCUGCCUUCUCUACUCUCCCUCUCUCCUCCAUCCUCUCUACUCUCCCUCUCUCCUCCAUCCUCUCUACUCUCCCUCUCUCCUCCAUCCUCUCUACUCUCCCUCUCUCCUCCAUCCUCUCUACUCUCCCUCUCUCCUCCCUGCCCUCUCUACUCUCCCUCUCUCCUCCCUGCCCUCUCUACUCUCCCUCUCCCCUCCAUCCUCUCUACUCUCCCUCUCUCCUCCCUGCCUUCUCUACUCUCCCUCUCUCCUCCACCCUCUCUACUCUCCCUCUCUCCUCCAUCCUCUCUACUCUCCCUCUCUCCUCCCUGCCUUCUCUACUCUCCCUCUCUCCUCCAUCCUCUCUACUCUCCCUCUCUCCUCCAUCCUCUCUACUCUCCCUCUCUCCUCCAUCCUCUCUACUCUCCCUCUCUCCUCCUUCGUCUCUACUCUCCCUCUCUCCUCCCUGCCUUCUCUACUCUCCCUCUCUCCUCCAUCCCCUCUACUCUCCCUCUCUCCCUCUCUCCUCCCUCCCCCCUCUAAUUUUGUACUGUGAUAUUUUGUAACAGCUGUAAGUCUCCCUGGAUAAGGGUGUCUGCUAAGAAAUAAAUAAUGAUAAAAGACUUUCUAGACAAUAGAUGAAUGCAUUAUUUUCCAUGUAAUCAAUAUUUACACUGAAGCUGAGAUGCUCCCUGAAUAUUAUUCAUUGCUAAACUCAGUGAACUGAUUUCUGCUAUUUUGAUAUGAAUCUUCUGUUCUGUUUUUGUAGCGCAUCUAUUUUCUAUCUUUCUUGAUAAAAUGUAUAAAAGAUAUAA